UCUCUCUCUCUAUAUAUGCAUGUUGAAACGUACGGUUCCUACAAAUAUCCAUAUUUAAUAAAUGGCUCCCUCGUUAAUGAGCAGAAACGGAGUGGAAAAAAACGACAAGACGUUUCACAAGUUUUUUGAAACAUGGCUAGCUGAGCAGAACCAAGAAUUGAAAGAGCUUGUUUCUGUCUCGAGAGAUGUAAGCAAAGGCAACAAUAUUGUGGUGGAAGAGAGGGUUUUGCUGCCACUCAUUGAACGUGUUAUACAACACUAUGAGGGGUAUUAUGGGGAGAAGUCAAAAUAUACAGAGGAAGAUGUUUUUGGGAUGUUAAAUCCCACAUGGAGGAGUAAUCUUGAGGGAGCUUUCUUAUGGAUUGGAGGUUGGAGACCAAGUAUGGCCUUUCACUUGCUCUAUUCAAUAUCAGGGUUGCAAUUCGAACCUCGUCUUCCCCAGUUGAUUAGAGGAAUCACAACAGGUGACUUAGGGGACCUCUCCCCUGACCAAAUAGGUAAGGUUGAUGAACUGCAAAAGAAAACUAUAAGGGAGGAGAAAGAUUCGAGUGAGAAACUAGCCAGGGUUCAAGAAACAGUUGCAGAUGCAUCAAUGGUGGAGUUAUCCCAUAUUGUGACUCAGCUGAUGAUGAUUAGUGGAAGUGGAGGAGGAGGAGGAAAAAUACUAGAGGAAGAAGUGGAAGCAAAUCUGGCAACUAAGGAGGAAGGUCUUGUAAUAAUCCUACAAAAGGCAGAUAAUCUAAGGCUAAACACUCUCAAGGAGAUUUUAACCAUUUUGACACCAACUCAAGCGAUUCAUUUCCUGAUUGCUGCUGCUGAGCUCCAUUUAAGGCUUCAUGAGUGGGGUAAGAAAAAGGAUGCAGCCGCCCUCCACUCUGAUGCGGAUCCGAAAUUUUAAUUAAGUAAAUUUUAAUAUUUUAAAGUAUUUUAAUUAAAUAAAUUUUAGUAUUUUAAAGUUAUGAUUUCAUACGUAUACACACUCCUGAAUUGUGUUAGUUCGGGAAGCUACUUAUAAGUAUGAUCUAGAUCGCGGCUGGUCUUAUGUAGGGUUGUUGUAAAUUCUAAACACUAAUAGUUUGUAUGUG